ACGCUCGCGGCUACGUUCACACCGUUCCGUUUGUUCGUUCGAUCGGCGGAGGUUAUGGUAGUGUUUAUCGUAUUCAGAGAAACGAGAUGAACAUCUUCAGCAGACACCUGCUGCGAAUUUUUAAAUCGGACGCGGUGUACCAAAGUCAAUUUUCUGUUCUCGGUAGAGAACUAGCUUACAAAAGUGCUUACUCGCUCGACAAACUCUACCCUACGAGUAACUUGAAACUUUUCACGCCCACCUUCACUCCCGAAGAUCCGAAUGCAAAAUUCACUGGGUACAUACCUCUCAAGGAUCUCAGUAUCACUUACAGCCGUAGCAGCGGCGCCGGUGGACAACACGUGAAUCGUACGAACAGCAAAGUAGAUGUUAGAUUUCAUUUAGAAAGUGUCACUUGGUUGGCAGAGGAAGUUAAAAGUAAACUACGAGAACAGCAAAAGAACAGACUGACCAAGGAUGGUCAUCUAGUGGUCAAAUCCGAGGUAACAAGAUCGCAACAGUUGAAUCUAGCCGACGCCCUUCAGAAAUUAAGAGCGAUGAUUUGGGAAGCCGUGAAACCACCCGAAGAGAUUCCUCCGGAAACGGAAGAAUUUAAAAGGAAGCAACGUUUGAGAGCGGCGAGGAAAAGGCUUUUCGAGAAACGAAGGAGGUCCGAGAUCGAGCAAUCCAGGCGACCCCCCAGAGAUUUUUGAUCCUCAUCGUUACGCACUGUACAUAGAACACAUUUUUAAAUAAAUAAUACUGCUAGAAUGUA